AUGCGGAGCUGCAGCUGUGUGGCUUGGUCUGUGUUCAGACAGAAGCACUUCCAAGUGAUUUGGGAAGAAAUCGGAUGACUUCUUUGCUCUGAUGUGUUCAGUCCUGCCUUGAGAGACAGGAACAAUGUUGACUUGCAGAAACCAGGAGACUGGACUGCUGAUGCAAAUACAGUGCGAUUGCUGUAUCUCAGGUACAUAUUUGACACACUGGUGAGAAAAUUCCACGCCAAGCAUCCUUCUGUAAACAGCAUGGGUCACCAGCACUCACCAGCGCUCAGCACGCUGCUGCCCGUACUGAAGGACAGCGUUCAACACGUCUCCCAGAACCACUACUGUCAGGGCAGAGACCCUCAACCUUGCACAUGUGAUGGCCUGCUGGACUUCUCUGAAUUGUUCACUACCAAGGUGGGCGCCGUUGAAGAUCAUUGUAGUGAGUUAAAAUUCUUUAUGAGCGUGCCUGAUGGGGUGAUGGAGAAGGAGCAGGAAGAGGAAGAACAAGAACAAGGAAGAAUAAGGAGUGAUUUCUCCAUCCUGACAAAUGACCUCAGUUUGCCACCUCUCAGGCUUAGUGGUCAGAGCACUGGGCUGUCAAGGGCAAUGGCAGAGGAGAGCAACUGGCCAAAGUGGUAUCUGUGUUGA